ACAUAAAGCACUCGACGAGCAGCCGGGACAAGGCGAGAGGUUUGGACGUGAAAUUCAAAAGCAACAAUGAAGAACAACACGCUUGUGGUGGUCCUUGUUCUCCAGGCCAUCCUGGUCAUGGGAAUCGUAGCAGUGGUGAACGCCGAUGGGUAUGUUCCGAAGUGCUGCGACAACUGCAAUUCCUUCUCGGGGGCUUUGGUCUGUGACGACACCAUGGACAAGUGCCAUCCAAAGUGCGGGAACUGCGUCGUGGUGCAGGAGCACCCCGUGAAGAAGUACAGGUGCGCUGAUGCACAAGCCGCCGGCUUCGUGCCCUGCCCGCCACCCUGCAAGAAACACUGAUCGAUCUCUCAAGCUCGUAAUAAUAUGAGACGUUCCGUCCUGGAAAAAUAAAAGCUCAGAUGAUAUGAGAACAGCCAUCGUCGUGCUUGUACAUGCACGCGUGACGCGUAUGUGAUAUGUCGUCCAUGUUGGACACCAACAAAAACACACCGUUGUUAUUGUGGUCGUCCAGUAUCUAUGUUUUCGGGUAAAUGUGUUGGUGUGUCUUUGCACAAUCGAAUAAAACUAUAUUCACUGAUCCAA